AUGCGGGCGCAGGCGCUGGCGACGAACGCGAACCCGAGCGUGAAAGCGAUCGUGGACACGCUCGCGGAGCUCGCGGAGCAGGAGUUCGGGCUGGCGAACGUGAAGUUUCAGGAGGUGAUGGCGAAGAUGGACGAGUGCUUUGAUUUCGAGCCGACGGCGUACGCGAGCGGCGUCGGGACGUCGCGAGAGACGAGGAACGCGGCGGGGACGAACAGUGGAUCGUGCAAGACGUUUUAUUUCGCGAAAAUGCGAGGAUUGAGCGAGGGCGCGGCGCUGCGGUUGUUUUGCGAGCACUACGAGGACGUGGCGAACGCGCCGAGCGGGGACUCGCACGCGAACAUUCGAGCCUUCAUGGAAAACGGAUACGACGGAUUGACGUUCGAGGGCGAGGCGUUGAGAGCGAAAGGCGCGGGCUCGGCGAUGAAUAACGACAUUUAA